CCCAGGAGCAAUCGCAAUGGCAGCGCUGGUCCCAGCUCGCCAGAGGUGAAACCUGGAGCUGCCCAGUCCCACGUGAGUGCUGCUGCAUGAGCUCCCACGCCCUGCCAGCUCCCACGGCCCCCUGACACCCGAUGACAGAGCAAGCCAUGGGCAGCGUCCGAGUCAAUCGGUACAGCAUUGUCUCAACCGAAGAGGAUGGACACAAGGUCUCUACGCUGGGCAGCAUGAACGGGCACAGCCGGAACGGGAAGGGCCACGCUCCCCGGCGGAAGCACCGCAACCGUUUCGUGAAGAAGAACGGCCAGUGCAACGUUUACUUUGCCAACCUGAGCAACAAAUCUCAGCGCUACAUGGCCGACAUCUUCACUACCUGUGUGGACACGCGCUGGCGGUACAUGCUGAUGAUCUUCUCCGCCGCCUUCCUGGUCUCCUGGCUCUUCUUCGGCUUCCUCUUCUGGUGCAUUGCUUUCUUCCAUGGUGACCUCAAUGCGCCGGCAGUGGCAGGUAGCCCCUCUCUCCUCAAGCCCUGCAUCAUGCACGUGAACAGCUUCCUGGGGGCUUUUCUUUUCUCAGUGGAGACACAGACAACCAUCGGGUACGGCUUCCGCUGCGUGACCGAGGAGUGCCCGCUGGCUAUCAUGGCAGUUGUGGUGCAGUCCAUCGUGGGCUGCGUCAUUGACUCCUUCAUGAUUGGCACCAUCAUGGCCAAGAUGGCAAGGCCCAAGAAGCGGGCCCAGACCCUUCUCUUCAGCCAUCAUGCCGUGAUCUCCGUGCGGGACGGCAAACUGUGUCUCAUGUGGAGGGUGGGCAACCUGAGGAGGAGUCACAUCGUGGAGGCCCAUGUCCGAGCCCAGCUCAUCAAGCCCUACAUGACGGAGGAAGGGGAAUACCUCCCCCUGGACCAGCGGGACCUAAAUGUGGGCUACGAUGUGGGUCUUGAUCGUAUAUUUUUGGUCUCACCCAUUAUUAUCGUUCAUGAGAUUGAUGAGGAGAGCCCCCUCUAUGGGAUUGGCAAGGAAGAGCUGGAGACAGAGAAUUUUGAGAUUGUGGUUAUUCUGGAGGGGAUGGUGGAAGCCACAGCCAUGACCACACAGGCACGAAGCUCUUACCUUGCUAGCGAAAUCCUUUGGGGUCAUCGCUUUGAACCAGUCGUGUUUGAGGAGAAGAACCACUACAAAGUGGAUUAUUCGCGCUUUCACAAGACAUACGAGGUAGCUGGCACACCUUGCUGCUCAGCCCGGGAGCUGCAAGAAAGCAAGAUGACCAUCCUACCUUCUCCUCCACCUCCCAGUGCCUUCUGCUACGAGAAUGAGCUGGCACUUGUCAGUCAAGAUGAAGACGAAGAUGAUGAUGAAGUGGGUGUGGUGUUAGGGGGCAACACCAAGGAAGAGGGAGGUAUCAUCCAGAUGAUGGAUUUUGGAAGCCACCUGGACCUGGAGCGGCUCCAGGCAACUCUGCCUCUAGAUACAAUCUCAUACCGCAGGGAGUCAGCCAUCUAACUCCUCCAGCCUCCCCGUUCCACACCCGUUGCCUACAGUCUCCUCUGUUCCAUACCCAUACACUGGAUAAGUUCCUUCACCACCAAAUAAUGCCUCCCAUGAUUGCCUCUCAGCCCCAAAUACACCAAGGCCUGGAGCUGCUCGGAUAUACUCCCUUUCUCACAAGGUCCUAAUGCCCGGGAGAGGAGUGAGGAUACACUGCUCUUUCUGGGUACGCAGCUUGGGCUAGAACCCCUUUCCUGCCCAGAGACAGGAGGGCAGCAGGCCUGGUUUCUUGUCUCUGGAGAGGUGACAGGAGUCCCUGCCUUCAGUGGACAGAUUGGGACCCACACACAGCAAGUGUUUCUGCUGCUGAGGCGAGAGCAGACUUUCUGUCCCCUCUCACUAUGGGUAGGCCCCCUGGCUGUCAAGGGUCAUCGCCGUCACCGGGAGAGGAGCAACACCUAAGCACUGACCAGAUGAGGAUAGAAGGGAGAGUUUGUGACUCUUGGAGGGAGUGGGGAAGGGUCUCAAGGAAGGAGUUUACUUGCAUGUUUGUUGCUUGUUGCACAUGAUUCUGUAUAUAAAAGAGAAGGAGAACUGAAAUUGAUAUUCUCCCACGGCAAAUGCCAAGCUAGGAGACAAGGACAUUCUACAUAGGCUGCUCUGCACUCUCCUUGGCUUUUGGUGUCUGUCACCUCCAGAAGCAGCUCGGCUCCAUGGACUUGGAUCCAGUUCUCCCAGUCCUCUUGAAAAACAUGUCCUGCUCCUCUCCUGAGAUACUGGCGGAGGAGGCAGAGCCCUGUGCUUACCACACUCAGACUGCUCCCUGGCGCAGCGCAGCCGGGAUGACAGACAGGUGACCUGACUGGACAGCAUUCCCUCCACUUGCUCCUUUUGCC